AUGAAUAAUUUCUUUAUCUGGAAAAGUUGUCUGUUUCUUCGUUCAAUUCGUUCUCAGAAUUCGACUACAUAUAAUAAUUUUACAAUUGAAUGGGACGAUUUUAAUUUAUUAACAUGUGCCACACCCACUUAUUUAAAUUUUUCAUUUCUUACAUGUAUGAAUCCAAAUUAUACACAAAUCGAUGAUUCAUCAUGUUUAGCAACGACUACGAUUAAUUUUGAUGAUACGUCAUGUACAAUAACAACAACAUCCCCAACAACAACACAGUUAGUAGGUCAAACAACGACAACUAUUAGUCAGCAGACCACAGUGCGAUUGCUUACUACAACAGGUCAGCAAACUUCAGUCGGUAUGAUCACUAGUACUAUCCAAAAUGUAAACAUUAGCACAACACAUCUCUCUAACACCACUCAACUUGCUAAUACCACAUUCCUAGCUAGCACUACUCUUCUUCUUAACACUACCCUUCCUGCUAUCACAACAUAUUCUGCUACAACUACUGUAAAUCCCGCGAAUACCACAACAUAUUCUGCUACAACUACUGUAAAUCCCGCAGAUACCACAACAUAUUCUGCUACAACUACUGUAAAUUCCGCAAAUACCACAGCAUAUCCUGCUACAACUACUGUAAAUCCCGCAAAUACCACAACAUAUUCUGCUACAACUACUGUAAAUUCCGUGAAUACCACAACAUAUUCUGCUACAACUACUGUAAAUCCCGCGAAUACCACAACAUAUCCUGCUAAUACCACUCAAAAUAUAGCAGCUACUAAUACAACUGUGCAUUUAGUUGCGGAUACUACCGGUCAAAAUUUAAUCAUUACAGAUACUACAACUGUAGUUGUUUCCACAAUUCAAACUCUUGCUACAACACAGGUAGUAAACAGUCAUUCCCAAUCUGAUAGUAUUUAUACAACGGUUUUGUCAACAAUCUCAACGACCACAACUCAAAAUUUCCAAGGUACAUGUGAUGGUGAUUUCAUUGGUCCUUACUGCAAUGUAUCAUCGGAUGCAUGUGCAAUGAGUCAACCAUGCCAAAAUGCAGCAACAUGCUACCCGAAUAAUACACUACCGUUGCGUUAUGUAUGCACCUGUGUGAAUGGAUAUGUGGGCUACGAUUGUCAGUAUGAUAUACGAGCGUGUAAAGAAAAUACUUGCUGGCAUAAUGGGACGUGUUUGGAAGUGAAUAAGACUAUUUCUGUUAAUUCCACAAAUAAUUUUCAUUGUGAAUGUGUUGAAGGUUACGAUGGUGUUCAUUGUGAAUUAGAAGUUGAUGAUUGCUCAAAUGUCACCUGUCAAAAUCAUGGUUUUUGUGUAUCUACAUUGAAUUCAUGGCAUUGUAUAUGUUUAGAUACAAAUUAUUACAACGGUGUCUACUGUCAAUAUAAAUCGCAGAGUUUAAUCAUUAAAGAAUGGGUAGCAAAAUCAUUUGCUAUUGUGGCUAUUGGAUCCAUCAUUGCUGUCUGUCUAUUUGUGAUCAUUAUGGAUGUAAUGAAAUAUGUUUUUAAAAUUGAUCCAGUGUACGAAAAUGAAAAGCUUAGAAAAGCAAGAUAUAGACGAGAUCAUCCACGAAAACCAAAACCAGUCCAAGUUGAUAAUAAAACAUUGGCAUUAAGAUUUCAAUAUGUUAAAUAA